AUGUCCAACCCAAACACGUUUCCGCGGACGGUUCCCAUUGCCAUUGCCCCCAAACCCUCACAGCUGAACUAUAGCCACCAUAGCCACCUCAGUAGCAAGGAGGCUUAUAUGAGUAAUAUGAAUGGCAAUGAAUCGGGCUCGGACUCCGCCUUGAGUGGCGUCGAGACGCCCUGUGAAGCCUGUGUUCACGCCAGAUCUCAAUGCCUCGUGAGCGAUGACGAAGGAAGCUGUCUUUCUUGCCAGGCCCGCGGUGUCGAGUGUUCUUUGAGCCAGAGCCCUCAAUCGCGAAAAAGAAAGCUGGUGCGUGAAUCCGGUGACGAAAGCCAUGGCCUACGAGGCUCGCCCGGUCGUUCUGAUAACAGAAGACUGCGGCAGAACCCGCCGAGUCUGUCAAGUACCGGCGCCAGCGGCUCUCUGAUCGAGGACAUGGCCAAUUUUGGAGGUCCUACUAUGCUAAAACGCACACUCGGCCUCCAGAAGGACCGCUACAGCCAAUAUAUUGGUCCCACGACUGACUUUGAGCCUUCCCUGAUCAAUCUGUCUCCCUUCGACCCCCAGGAUGAGAGUCUUCUGGCUCGGGGCGUCCUCAGGAAGGUCAGCGACCAUGACACCUUCUUGAUGUUGCCCGACUUUGCCACGCCCGGUCAUGCGCAACAGUUCGACGACGUCGAAGCCAUUGAGCGGCUUGUAGCACCGCAUGGUCGCAGCUUGCUCGACCUUUACUUCGAGGUCGUACACCCUGGUUUCCCCAUCAUCCAGGAGAAUGUCUUGUUCGAGAAGUAUGAGCGGGACUACCGCGAGUUCUCGCCACCGCUCUUGGCCGCUGUGUAUAUCCUGGCUAUCAACUGGUGGGACCACUCGGAAGAACUGUCCAAGUAUCAACGGCCGAACGUGCGCGAGCUGGAGCGGCUGAUCAGAUCCUCCCUGGCCGAUGCCAUGUGGCGACCGAAGCUCUCGACCGUUCAGGCCGGACUGCUCCUCUCGCAGCGGCCCGAGGGUGACCAAUGGGCCCCAACUGCUCAGCUGGUAGCCAUCGCCCAGGAGCUGGGGUUGCACCUCGACUGCACCCACUGGAAAAUUCCGCCUUGGGAGAAGGGUCUUCGCAAGAGGUUAGCUUGGGCUUUGUACAUGCAGGACAAAUGGGGAGCUCUGGUCCAUGGCCGGCCAUCACAUAUAUUCGGCUCCAAUUGGGUCGUGCAACCCCUGGUCCCCAGCGACUUUCCAGAAGCCGAGUGCGACGACAAUGACAUCGAAGGCCAAGCCGAGAUUGAGAGGGGCCGCGCGCUGUUCGUGCAGAUGGUGGUCCUGUCGCAGGUACUCGCCGAGAUCCUCGAGACCUUCUACACGCUUCAGGCCAUGCAGGACGUGACCAAUGCUGGGCCUCAGGGUACUCAUCUGGUCUUGUCCUUGGCGAAGCCGAUCCAGCUCAAGCUGAAGGAGUGGUAUGCCGCCCUUCCAACUGCCAUCCGUAUGGACUCUUCUUUCCAGACCAACAACAUCUCGUCGAGUCGCUUGUCGAGUAUCGGAUAUCUCCACCUGGGCUACUUCGCCACGGAAAUCACCCUCCAUCGCCGCAUCAUACGUUCGCUGGCCGCGGAUUCCCAGGCCGUCGACCCCUACGUCCAGCACAUCUGCCGAAGCGCUGCCAAAGCCCGUUUGAUAUCGGCCAUGGACUUUGUUAACCGCUUGACGCCUCAACACGUCCGGGGGUUCUGGUUCUUCGCGUCCAAGACCAACUUCGCGCUGAUCGGCACGUUUGGCUCCCUCCUGUGGGCUACUUCGCCAGGCCGCGAGGAGGCGGAAUGGUACCGACGGCGGCUCGGAGAGUAUCGAUGGACGCUGAGUGUCAGCAGUAAGCCAGGCGAGGGCCACCGUCUAACCGAGUUCGCCGUUGGCAUGCUCGAUAUAUCCACCGGUUUGCUCAAGAAGCUCCCCGAGAAGCCGGAAUUGAGCAGCAACGGCAGCACGACCGAAUUCGAUGCUGGACGGCGACAGAGUCUCCUGGCCAUGGGCAUCGGCCAUAUUCCACGAGAGCCGUAUGGCGAAUUCGCCAGCGCUGAUAUCAGCGGUACGCAAAGCCCGGGAAGCUUCAUCGAUAGCAGCGACGACGAGUAUGAGGCGUUUGCUCCGACGGCUGGGAUGGCUUCCAUGGGAGAUCAGUGA